UGAACAGAAACACCUACAGUUCAUAUGGUCUCAGAAAACAAGCAGCAGUUUCUGGAAAGAAAAAAGAAGCUCGACAAAACGUGCAUGUUUCUGUUGUGACAUUUACUGAAUUUGCACUGAGUCCAUCAGUUCGUUCUCCACGACAUCCUAAAUUAAUAUCUACAAUGGCUAGUGACAGCAGCGAUUCGGAAGCUGAAAAAGUUUCAAAGCCAAAGCGAAGUUUAAAACGAAAGCGUGACGAAGACGGUAGUGAUGAUAAUAAUGAAUCCAGCGGCAACGAACAAGAUGAAAGUGAGGUUAACUCAUCCAAGUUUCGUAUCAAUCCAUUGAAUGUCAUCAAAAAUAAGGAAAUUCGGAAGAAAUUGUACAAAAAGCAGCAGCAACAGAAGAAGAAAUUGCAAAAACGAGCCAGAAGACAACGGAAGGAAGACGGUGGUCCGAGAAGCACUGGACACACCAUUGAAAGUUUGAGAGAAACAGACCACACGACCGUCGAAAAUCUUGAAGAUUCCGAUCAGGAAGAAUUGCGACUCGAAUUGGAAACGGAUCAAUUUAGUGAAUAUUUCAAUCGAGAAAUCGAACCGAAAGUGCUGAUCACUUAUGCAGACAAUCCGCUAACAAAAACACGAAAAUUUGGCGUCGAGCUGGCACGAAUAAUUCCGAAUUCAUGGGCAAAGAUCCGGAAUCGAUCGUCCAUCAAAAAAAUGGUCAAAAGUGCAAUUAACGCUAAUUUCACUGAUGUAAUCGUAAUCAACGAAAACAAUCGCGAACCGAAUGGAAUGCUAAUCAUUCACCUACCGAAUGGUCCAACGGCUCACUUCAAGCUCAGCAACGUGAAAAUCACAAAAGAAAUCAAACGAAGCCACGAGGAAUUCACGAAGCAUCGACCGGAGGUCAUUCUAAAUAAUUUUACGACACGUUUGGGUCUGACCUGUGGACGUAUGCUGGGAUCACUGUUCCAUCACGAUCCCGAAUUCAAGGGGCGUCGCGCCGUAACGUUCCACAAUCAACGUGACUACAUCUUCUUCCGGCAUCAUCGAUACCAGUUCACGAAAGAAGGGAAACGGGCCAAAUUGCGUGAACUGGGACCAAGAUUUACCUUGAAAUUGCGCUCAUUGCAGGAAGGUACUUUUGACACCAAGUGCGGUGACUAUGAGUGGAUGAUUACCAACAAACGGCAUGCGAUGGAAGGCCGAAGACGUUUUUUCUUGUAAUCUUAUUAUUCCAAUAAAUUUUGUUCGUCAAAUUGAA